CGCGUAGUAUCCCAGUACCACUGCUGCUAUACACUCAAACUCUACAUUUCACAUUCCACACUCUACGGUCUUCAUAAGCCUGUGUGACAUUCGACCGGGCUCGCCGCCGUUCUGCUUCCACACAGCUCUUUCGCAACAACGGCAACGACGCAUGCGACGGUCCCCCGACGUUACCCAGCGGGACAUCGCACUGAAGGACAUACGGGAGGUGACAUCGAGUACACCCAAGUCACGUCAAUACCUUCACGAUCAUUUCAAUGAGCAACCAAGGUGUCUUGGUGACGUACGCCUCUUCGCGCGAGUUCCUAGCAACGGACCACUGGAAGCAAGUCUGGGCAGCUCUGCUAUGCCAAUUCCCGUUGCGCACUCUAGUCUGGAGAGGACCUGCCCGACAGGGCUCACAAAGCACUCAGACGAUACAAGACCUCAAUGUUAGGCUUGCAACACUGGAGUCGGUCAGACAAGAAAACACGUCGCAAAUCCCGCAGACCCUACUCGAGAAGCCGCUGCUGAAUAUCUACUUCGUCGUAUGCGAGGACAAUGAGACGUACAAGAACACUGUCAAGAAACAAAUACGAGACUGGCACCAGAUUGUUAGUCAACGCAAAUACCAGGAAUGGCUCAUAGUGCAUAUUAUCCGGCCGGAAGGGAGGGCGUCACAACAACGCAUGUUUCAGAUGAAGACAUCCGUGCUUGACAAGAUAAAGGCAGACUUCAACAUUGAUAAGAAAGACAGAUGCGUGCAGCUUGUUUGGUCAUCCGACUUCGAGAAUCCUGCGGCCUGGGCAGAGUUCAUCACCAAGCUCAAGGAUGGCAUCCUAGCUGCGUUUGAUUCGGCUUUCAGCCAAAGGGAAGCCGAAAUGAAGCGGUCUGAAGGACAGGUGCAGAUGCCCGGAUGGAACUUCUGUACGUUCUUCAUAUUGAAGGAAAGUCUUGCACUGUCCUUGGAAGGCGUCAGUUUGUUUGAAGAUGCCCUGGAACAAUAUAACGAACUAGAAACAGCCUUCUUCAAGGUCGUCCGAGAUAGGAAUUUGUCUUGGUUCGGCUCACUCAUCUCCCCUGACCCACAAGACGAUUCCGCUCCUCUCCUUUCUACCACACGGAAGCCUUAUCGGGACCUCAUCAUCGGGAAUACCAUUUCCAUCUUCGACUUCCGCAUAUACCUGCUGGCCAGACAGUGCAUCCUGCUGAGUAAGCUCGGGAGAGUGGCAGAGAUAUGUAGAAGGUCCGUGAAGUUCUUGACCAACUUUGGCAGGCGGCUACGCGAGUUAGAGGACACGCUGCCCGAAUUCUUCAUCGAGUCAUGGAUCUACUCCUCAGCAUUGAGCGUGACCGACAUUUGCGAUACGUGGGUAGGCGCGUUGAACCUUAGUAAGGCGUCGCAGGCGCGAUACUUUGCUCUCAAGGGAGAGCUCAUGGAGCUCGCACAGCAACAACUGGACAUCAUUGGCACAAGGACAGGCCACUUGCCUUCCCGCCCUCCGUUCUUGUCAGCUCUUGCAGAACCUAUAUCGCGGAACACUCAAGCCCAAAGAUCGUCGCAGACAAUCUCCAGGCAGGAGCUGUUAGCGGCUAUCGCCGACAGAGACGCGCUGUUCGACCUAUAUGUCACGAUCACAAAUCGUGCUAUAGAGUGCUACGCCAGCUCAGGUCGGCGGAAGUUCGCAAUCAAGCUGCACGGCAACCUCGCAGCUCUGGAUGUUGUCCGAGGCCGCCUUCCGAGCGCGUUUGACACGUACAAGAACCUGCCUGCCCACUAUGCGCCGCAUGGAUGGUCUUCACUCGAGUCUUUCAUGCGGAUGCAGGCGCUGAGCAUCCACGCGUCCACGGAGCAGGUCAAGGAUGCUGAUUGGGCCCACAUCGUCCUUGACUUCUUGAAGGCGUACGUGGAAGACAUGGGUGCAGACCUGCUCAUGGACGUCGACGAUCACAAGGCAUACGUCACUGGGUUGAUCGAGAGUCUGCGACAUGCUGCAGACGAGUUGCAAAUAGACAUGCUCUACCCAGAUCAUCCGGCCUUGUCUGUCACAAUAUCAGAACACGCAGCCCGCUUAGCGCAGGAUCAGGACGGCGCACUAUUGGACGUGACUGUGCGUAAUCGAUUGUCAUGUGACUUGCCCGUCGACGAGAUUGUUGCAGUCUUAGUGGGGCAUGAGGGUGUCCAACUAACGUUUUCGGUACCAGUACCAUCAAUCCAACCCGGAUCAACCAAGCUCACGUUGUUCUGUCCCUCGUCGACAGCAGGCAUGUUCGCGUUGCAGUCUAGCCAGGUGAAGAUGGCGCGACUGGUGUUCGAGCGGAAGGAGGCCAAGUUAGCGGCUCCGACAAAGACCACGAGGCCAAAAGACCUGCCGGCAUUGGUCCGGAUCCCGAAGGAUCAUCACGCUGUAGACGUGCGUUUGCGCCCGCCAAAACGGAUUGAAUUGGGCACGCCUGCGUCCAUGACGGUGUCCUUGCAGACAGGCAGAAACGACAUCUCCGCGGCUACCUUGAGGCUCGUCUCUCCGUCUGGUGUGCAGUUUCGUUUCAAUGAGGCGACGUUGGAUGAUGGAGGAGGAAGUGCUACCCUCGAAAUCAUCGACGGUGCGAUCAUCCUGCGGGAUGUCGGGAAACGGCAGGUAGUGACAGUAGCAGUCCCGCAUAGUGACGCAUCCUCGUAUCACACUCUGAGAGUCAACAUCAACAUCGAGUACACAACAGGGGCUGAGCCAGAGUUGAACCGAAGACUCAACCUCGCGAGAUUCGUGACAACAUCUCUUCCCGUUACAACCAAUGUCGAGGACUUCUUCCGGGGUACAAGGCUGUUCAGUCGUUUCACUCUGUCUACUACAUCCCAUCAACAUGUUCGCAUCCGCUCAGCAGAACUGAAACCAUCUGGACAAGACUUGAAUAGUGUCAAGGUCGUAAGCUGCCAAUCACAGAAGCCCGCGGUGGUGACCGUGACGCCUGCUCAAUCGGGCCAAUUUCUGUUCCAGCUCGAUACUGUACGCGGAAAGGCCCGGGACCCCUUGAAGUUGCACAUUACAUAUCGGAUGCUACGAGAGGAGGUCGAGUCUCUCAUCAAUACUGCAGUGGCAGAAAUUGUCACAGACGACUCUUCGCUCCUACCACACCGUGAGCUCCUUAUUGACAGACUGGUCGAGGCUCUUUCGAAGAGCGUGGACUGGAUCGAGUUGUACGGUGUUACGGGGCAGCUAGUGGUCCCAGGCAAUUUGGGCGAGGGCGGCGAGCUUGCAUCGACGUUCGCACAGCUCAAACAGGUCGGUCUCGCUCUGAGCAUCAUUAGGCAUGCUCCACCGACGUAUGUUCAGAUCCUAGGGAAGCCCAGAUCUCUUGAUUCAUCCUUUGGUGAAUGGCGAGACAUCAUCAUUCCUGUUGACAUACCGCAGAUGCAUAUCCUGGCAGCUGCUCAGUUGCGUAUAUUUGCCAAUCCGUUUUCCUCUCAACCCUCGGGUCAGGUUCUACCGCUCUUCGCAGGUCAGCCAAUAUCGGCUGUGGUGACCGUCACCACCUCCUUUCAUUGGGCUCCUGCAGAGGAUGCAGAGAUGGACCAGUAUCUUUUGCGAUACGAUAUCCAGGAUAUGACUGGUGAUUGGCUAGUCAGUGGACCGAAACGAGGAGACUUCCGCGCAGAGGACGGUUCGAUGUUCUCGUCGCCAGUCACUCUGAUCGCUCUCCACCAUGGAGAACUUUCAUUGCCAAAGGUAACGGUAACCGCUCUCCCGCUUCCCGGCAAACAAAACAUGAGGACUUCAGUCAUGCCGAGUUGCGAGACCUAUCAGCUACAUGGGGCGGAGAGAGUGAUGGUACUCCCAAGGGGUGGUCGGACAACGUACGUAGUAGACAUGGGGACUAGGAGGGAGGCAAUCCCGGCAUGAACCUUGUAUAUUGUAUAUUCGUUCUGUUGCUGGAUGUAUCCCUAGAUUCAUUGCUCGUUUCGCAGAAAGCCGGCUCCCGUGUAACAUAUCAGUGUGUAGUAGCGACUUCGAUGCUCCACGAGACAUGGGAUAGAUUGACAGCCUCAUACUUACUUGUGUCGAGAAUUCGGAUAAGUAGUCGUGG